UCAUCAUGAAUAUGCAAGGUGGACAUCACAGUGACUUUCCAAGCAAGAUGUCAUCACUUAGUGAAGUUCAGCGCAUUAUUGGACUCUCAUUGAGCAAGAUUCAAUUGGGAAGAAACCAAAGAGGAGGUCUGCCUUUGCACAAGAACUUAUUGGUGGCCACAGUGCUGAACAAAGCCCGAGAUUUGUACAUGCAAGAAACCAUGUACAUGAACUACAAGAUGAUGACAGGACAAUACCAUCAACACCAUCCCAUGUCCAGCUAUACCAGUGAAUUUGCCUUGAACUCGAGUAAUAGCAUGGCCAAUGGCAUGCACCACUCGCCCACCGGGGAGGACGAGGACGAGGAGGAGGACGACGACAUGGAGACCACCCCCUCGGCCUCCACCACACCCGAAGACUAUGACGAGGACAAUGAGGACUCGGAUCACUCGGAUGUGGAGGAUGAAU